AUGCGUGUCUGUUCUAUUGCAUCGGUUGAUGACAGGGCGAUGAGCGGGCAAAUACACUGCUCAGUAAAGGAGACCCGAGCUCGCCGGGUUCCUUGCCGUCCUGGGAGGGGGGCGGCGCGCAAGAUUGAAUCCGUCGCCCUUCUGCUCAUUAUUUCUAUCCCGUGGAGCCGUCGUUAUUUUUGUGAAGACAUUCGUCUCGCGGAUGUGUGGUCUUUCACAGCGACCACAGAGAAUGCAACCUCUCCAGGAGGAAAUCUCGUGAACGCAUCUGCCGAGUAUUCUUCAACAGUGCAGAAGGCUGUCAAUGUCCGGGAUUCUCAUCCGGUCCUGUUGGCUGAAAACACCGCGCACAACACAUUUCCCGAUAAGAGCCUUGAAGUGUCUGAGGGUGUGCGCGAGCCACGAUGGAGAAGAGCCCGCAAAAAUGUUCGGCUCGUUGACACCCUGUUGGCCAUCGAGUGGCACACCAGUGGUGGAAAUGCAAAGUCCCCGUCCGAUGCGUUAGAGAGGGAAACUCAGAGUUUACUUUCGCCUCUAUUGCCCUAUGCCACACACGUGAAGAACGACCAGGGGGGGGUGGAACAUCACAGGCAUGCCCCUAAAGGAAACGUUUCCGGAACACGACCAGGAGGAAAGGAACGAAGAGUGAAAGCUGAACCAGAGGGAGAUAUUCUGCGGACGAGGAGACAGCAACGAAAUGAAGUAGCUUUGGAAAAGACUGCCGAUGUAUCGCAGCGAUGCGCUUCUGGAAGCCACCAGGACGGGGCGGACAGGUGCGGCGCCACCAGUGAGUUGCCGCAUCACAACAGCGGCAACACCAAUCCGCCAUUCCGUCGCCUGGCAAUCCAUGAGAUUGUUGUCACGAGCUUGAGAGACUUCUUUCUACCUACCGCAACCGCUGAAUCUCGAGAACUAAGCAAUGCUGCCACCGAGGUCUCAAGAAUAGCUCGGAUGCACAACCAAGAUGCGACGCACAACAAACCGGGUUCCACGUAUUUACUCGCUCCUUUGCCAUCUCGCUUCAUUUCUACGGUUACGGGAACGAGGGGGCUCCUGUCGGGACACUUUACUCCGACUACACUCCGUGAAGUUAUACGAACAGAACCGGAGGGUGGUGUCGCACGAUACUACAGCCCUGAACCCCAAGAGAGAAGUCCCACCUGGAACGCUUUCUUACUAGACCAACUCGAGCGUCGUUUUGAUCAGCUAACAGACAAAGAGAAGUAUGAUCUUGUUAACCACGUCUCUUUGCGGGCAUUUUCUCACCUCGAGUGGCUGUAUGAGUGGCAGAAGACAUACGCUCCUACGCUUCUCCUUGUGCAACAAGAGCGAGACGAAGCUAACUCCUCUUCGCCCGCCACUAAUUCUCUAUCUUCUCGCGUCUCCGAGCCUUCAGCCCACCCAGACUCUCCAGCCUUCAACCGCGGAACAAGGAAAACAGUUCUUAGAAGCGAUGCGCAAGAUGACGAGGAAGAAUUUGGAUACGAUAUUGCGUGGAAACUGUUCACUACUACUGGUCACCUUGCUGUCGCUCCCGAAGCGGAGGAGGGUGUUGAACAACGCGAAGUUCACACAGAUGCUUACAAACGUAAUCCGUACCGGCGAAACGGUGGAGCGGGCAACAGAGCUCGAGCAGAUGCGUUAGUGCAAGGUGGAGUCGAAGGCAUCGCAGAGGGGCAGGCUUUAUGGGAUGAGACCCUUAUUGCCUUGAAACGAAAAAAUAUCCCGAAUAUCACCUACACCGUUGACCAGAUUAACGAAGAUGUUGGGGUUUUCCUUGAAAGAUACAGAGAUGCUGUUUGGUCUCUUCCGCUUCAGCAUAUCGUUAAUGCCACGUUAAACGGAGGAAUAUUUCCAGACCUCGUUGAAAGGCAAUCUGCUUCUUACCCAGACUUCAAGAGAAACGUCAGGUGCAAUCCCGAGCCUCAGAGUGGCGUGGGGGAGGCGUUGGUGUGUCAGAACCUGGGCAAUUUUCUUCGCGAGUUCGGCACGAAUCUACGGAGAGUUUACGGCGAUUCAUACUUAUAUGGGAUUCACAAACGAGCCGAAGACCUCGCUGGGUUUUUACACUACACAAUCGUUAGUACGACAGUCACGGAGGCUUUAUUUGAAUUUGUGGAGCAGCAUGUCACCGUCGCCGCCCUCGAGGCCGUUUUGAACGCGACAAGUUCACUUAUAGAAAUCCCAGUUGAAAGUCAAGUCUUUCAGCUGAUGAAUGCUCUACUCUCCCUCGGAGGAGACUUCUAUUCCCUUGCAGACAUGCCUGCUGUUGAAUUCGAGAAUAAAAACCUUGUAAGAUCGAAAGUGCGGAAUGCGUUCUACUGUCGCCUUUUCAACGGCCGCCUGCACUUCUGUAGGCCUUCCGGUAUUCCGCCGACCAUUUCAAUCAACAUCCCCCGGGAGACUGUAUUCGAUCCUGCAACUGGAUUCAUCAAAUUUCUAUACCUCAUUGGUUUCCAAUUCUCGUGCGAGCAACAGGGUGGCUGCUUCGCCGAUAUUCUUAUCGAAGGAGACAAUUUCGAUGGCUUUUACGUUUUGGCCGCCGUGGGCACGACAGGAUUUCCCGUCUACGUCGCAUAUCGUGAGUUCGCUAACUUCCCAGAACUCACACAACUAUACCUUUGGCAGGGAUUGAGACCGUCCGUGGUGGACGCCACGCAAGCGUCAUGGGCCGCCAUCACUCCGUUCUUCCCAGAGUCCUACUACGCAGCAACCAGGGGCCAGCUUUUCCCUUUCGCGUCCUUGGCGUCAUUAACGCCUCCGAACAACUGUUCGGACGUGCCUCCUACACCAUUCGGAGACACGAAUACGAACUUCCCGGCUUGCAUGAACAUUACACGCCAGUGGGUUAUAGGUCGCGUAUCAGCUUUCGGGAACUGCAAUGGCUUUCUCUACUCUCACGUCUGCGUCUUCCCGGCAAUCGUUGAGACGUUUCCCACGAGCAAUCCGGAAACUUGGACAGCAGAAACGUCAACAACAACGCCACCGGCCUCUACUACUCCAUCGCCCACGCCAGGACAGCCAGGGCCCAGCCCUCCGGGAGGAGGAGUGAGCCCACAAGGUGUAGGAUUCGUCCCAGAGGGUCAGCGAUCCGCAGAAAAAAAACGCCUUCCGAGGACAGACAAAGAAGGACGACGCCGUAUGAGUACAACCGCUAGGCAACUGAGUGGUGGUGGCAGCGGGGGCGGAGAAACUGAUGCCCACACUUUACCGCUUUGGGCGGCUCGUAGUGCUGACUCCAGGGUGCAUAACGAUAAUACACCAGUUUUCCUUGGAGGAGAAGAGCUGAAACUAUACGCUGACAGACUGCGGUCACUGACUGGGACUAAUGGACGGCAGUUUCAGUCCGCCAUCCCAGUACACAGAUCUCAAUUUGUCGACGGCUUCAGUGGGAAGCUCGAUAUUUAUAUUCCACCUUUCCUCCAUAUCCCUCCAGAUAUUUGGUAA